CUAGUGGGCAGCAUACACACACACACACACACACACAGAGUCACACAGACAGACACUCACACGCACACACAGAUCUGCCAUGUUUCUGAAGAGUAGCCGAGAUGAUUCUUGUCUUCUUCUUCUCCUCUCUGGCCCUCAUUAACUGGCCCAGAUGAUUGUAUGACAAGCUCACUGUGGAAAGCUCUGACACGUCCUGCACGCUUUUUCUGUGGAAGGAGACACUCUUGAACCUUGUUAAGUUUAAGGACUUUCUCAGAAGUAAGCUUUUGUUGCCAGUGCAAAGACAGUGGAGACGUGUGACCUCACCCUCUGGCUCGGAGGGGCUCUACCUCUAAUUGUUUAAUCCCCGAUGCAGCUUUGGGCACAUGAUGAAAUCCAGUCAUUGCCCCUGAGAGGGAAUAAAUGAUCACCUCAGCAAGACGACUCACCAGAGACAAACCUGAAGUUCAAAUCUCCUUCAGCCUUGAUGAGUCCUCAGAGCUGACCGAUGCAGAGGAUCAAUUGCCAUCUUUCCCUGACCUCGAGCAACGCCUGCAGCCAGUGUUGCCAUGUCAGUCUCUAAAGGAGUCUGUCCAAGUCUACAGAGACCAUUGCAGAAUGGCGAAAGAGUUCCACCAGGUUAAAACAGAAAUCGCUCUGCUGGAAGACAGAAAAAGGGAGCUGAUUGCUGAACUGGCCGAGGACGAGAGGGUGACGUUGGAGAUCGCUCGACUGGAGGAAGAGUUCCGGCUUUUGACAGAGGAGAACCGUACCCUCGUCACCAUGUACACGGAGCGCACUCAGCAGCUUGCAACUCUGCGCAUAGUCAAUCAGAAGAGGCAGGGUUCCUCAUGACCCUUGGCCUUUUGUACAAUGGUCAGAAUGAAUAUGUUUCAAGAUUUUGUUUCCUUAUGAGCCAUCUUAACAUUGGGGUAUGAUACAAUGUACAUUUCACAUGCCAUCAGUGUUUUAACCCCAAGAUCAGUGCAAAAUGGUGAGUAUUACCAUUAUAUAAUGUCAGGUCGAGAUUAGUUCAGUGGAAGGGCGAGGAUUUCAUAUUAAGAAGGGUAAAUCUUUGAGAUAACUCUAUCAGGUUUCAAACAGUAUCACCAGCUAAAGAGGGAAAAUGGCUCGCUAGCACUUAUUGAUUGUAAUACAGAUUGUAGAAUUCUAGGCAACUGUGUAGGUGACUAAAGGGUUUUAUUCUGAACCUGGAUUUACAAUAGAAAAGAUCCAUUAAUCAAUAAUGGGUAUAGUUAGCUGUGUCCUGCAAUGCAUAAUAAAAAUGAAAGUGUGCUGAGUUAAUACCAAUCUGAGCAAGAAGCACUUGUAAAAUGAUCAUGAGUGGCAGAAGAUUAUCCAUUUUGACACCUAUAUGGGCUCAGGUUUGGGGCUUGUAUGUUGUGCAUAUAUGCAAUUAAACUGAAUAACUAGAAUUUUGACAUAAAAUACAAAGCAACAGUUUGUUCUUUAAUGGUACUUUACUAUAAUCAUAUGUAGCCUAUAAACUCCAAUAAGCAUGUAAGCAAAAUGGUAACCAUAAAUUAGUUCAGUAAAUGCAUAUAAAUUGUAUAAUUACAAUAUAGUUAUGGUUACAUUAAUCACAUAUACAAAUUGUCAUUAAUCACAAUUUAGAUCAAUAAACACAUAUAAAAAUAUAUAUUUGUCAAACACUGGUGCUGAAUCCAGAAAGUGGAACAUGAUGAUUGAUGAUCUGUGAUUGUUCCUGAGUAUCUCAGUGAAAGUGUUUUACGUUUAGUUCAAAAUUCACACUUCCUGUGAUGUCCUUCAUUACACAGUGAUAAGUAAUGUGAGUGAUAAAGAGGCAACAUUUCUAUAUUAUGCUAUUUUUAUAAAUAUGACAUCCCUGGUGGAGAACUUGCUGGGUUCUGAAGUGUUUUGUAAAGGAUCACAUCAAUCCUAUCAAUAAAUACUUUUUAAAAGUU